ACGAACUGGAGCAGUAUGUUGUUUUUGUGAGUCUCCAAAAAGUGAACGUCUCUCAUUGUUUACGCGACUUUUACUUUGUUUCUUUGACAGAGAUUAUUUGUUUUAGUUUGUAAACAGAGAUCGUUGAUUGCUAACAACACCGCUGCGCCUUAACUGAGAUGAUUUGCUCUGCAAGCUGUUAGAUCACAGGGUUUGUGUUUUCAUCUAAUGUAUUGGUGACCCUCAACACCAUGAAGUCUGAUAUUUCUUACAAAAAGAUGAAUGAUGUGGAGCCAAGCAGAGAAGAAGUACAAUAUAGCUCACAAAAGUAUUACAGAUGCCUGAUCAUCCUUACCUGUGUAACCACAGUGUUGCUGAUACUUCUGUCUCUCCAAACGCUGCUUCUUCCUGUGUCAACAUCCUCCUCAAAAUCACAUGGACAGCGGGAGCAUCUUCUCAUCAGAGAAACUUGUACUGAUCCCUGCAGGAUCGUUUUAGUGGAGAGUAUUCCCGAGGGACUUGCUUUUAACUCUUCGACCGCUCACCAGUCCAUAUAUGAAGCUUGGCUCAAUCUUAUAUCCGUUGCUGAAAGCAGUCUGGAUGUCGCCUCCUUCUACUGGACUCUUACCAAUAAUGAUACCAAAACGGAUGAACCCACAGCCAGUCAGGGCGAGCAGAUUUUAGAGGAAUUAGGGCGGCUCUCUGGGAAAGUGUCUGUUCGAGUUGCGGUCGAUACGCCAACAAAAGGGAAACCACUGGAUGACAUUCAGUUCCUUGUGAAUUCCGGUGCUGACGUGCGGAUGGUGAAUAUGCGAGAGCUGACGACAGGUGUACUGCACACCAAAUUCUGGAUUGUGGAUAAAAAGCACAUUUACAUAGGCAGUGCCAAUAUGGACUGGAGAUCACUAACGCAAGUGAAGGAGUUGGGUGCGGUUGUGUACGACUGCGGGUGUCUCGCUGAAGACCUCGGAAAGAUUUUCGAAGCCUAUUGGUAUCUAAGUCAAACCAAGACGAUUCCCGCCCCAUGGCCAAGCGAGUACUCGACUCUGUACAAUAAGGACUCUCCAAUGCAGGUCUCCCUCAAUGGGAGUGACUCCAGUGUUUAUCUAUCAAGUUCUCCUCCUUCAUUAUGUGCUGAAGGCAGAACUCCAGACCUGCAGUCCAUCCUCAGUGUCAUAAGUGAUGCUGAAAAGUUUGUCUAUAUAGCUGUCAUGAACUAUCUUCCCAUUAUGGAGUACUCCAAAUCCAAAAGGUACUGGGCAGAUAUUGACACUCAGCUGCGACAAGUGGCUUAUGAGCAUAAUGUUCGAGUGCGUUUGCUGAUCAGUUGCUGGAACAGCACCAGUCCCAUCAUGUUGUCUUUCCUCCGCUCACUCGCUUCCUUACGAGACAACAACAAGCUGGAUGUUCAAGUGAAAAUUUUUAUCGUGCCUUCCAAUCCUCGGCAGAAAGAAAUUCCAUUUGCCAGAGUCAACCAUAACAAGUACAUGGUCACGGACAGGGUUGCUUAUAUAGGUACCUCUAAUUGGUCCGGGGACUACUUUGUAAACACAGCUGGUUCUGCAUUAGUAGUUAACCAAACUUCAGCCAAAUCUGGAAGCCCUACAGUCCAGGAGCAGCUACAGGCAGUAUUUGAAAGGGACUGGGAUUCAUCAUACAGCAAGGAGAUCAACCAUAACACCAAUCACAAAGAUGUUUGCUAGACAAGACUUUUUGCUCUGUGCUUUGCACUGCAGGGGGCGCUGUAGAGUGCUGUGCUCUAUUUUGGGGGGUCUGAAAUGCACCUGGCCAUCAGUUAAAUAUUUCUCUUCACGAAAGUUAAAAGUAUAUUAAACGGAUGUUUUUAAUGAUUUUGUACUCAUCCGCACAAAGGAAUUCACACUAACACUUCAUAACUGAAGCAUUUUAAUACAUUUGCAUAAAAUUUGCACAUAACGUCUUUUAACAGACAAGCAAUACCUCUUUACAGAGAUACUUUCCUAUUGAUUCAUGUUUUCAAAAACAUGUUAAGUAUUGUAACCCUCAUAUAAUAAGAUGUUAAAAAUGUUUGAUUCACGAUUUUCUUUUGCGUCGUUUCAUUAUUGUGUUGUGCUGUCUUCCACCUCUUAAAGGAACAGGUUACCGCAAAAAUAAUUGACCCUUAUUCAAACCUGUAUUCCUUUCUUUCUUCCAUGAAACAAAGGUGUUUGUUAUAAGGCAGAAUGUUUUAGGAACUGCGUGAUCACCCCAGUCACCUUUCACUUAAUGUACGAGAAAGAUUUAGUGAAAGUGAAUGGUGCCUGAGUCUUCAGCAUUCUGUUUUUUGUGUUUUAAGAAAGUCAUGAGGAUGUGGGAAUUAUGACAGAUUUUUAUUAUUUUUAGGUGAAUUAUCCCUCAGCAUUAUUUACUUUUUAAUAUUGUCAAUGCCUGUAUCCCAUCAAAUAAUCUUUUUUGGGUGUAACCUUGGACAUCACCAAGUGCAUUACUUUUUAAAAGCCAUUUUAUGUUAAAUUGCCACAAUUAGACAGCCAGUAGCAAUGAUUACACAUGAACUUUAUCCUAAGAACUUGCAGGGUAUUAAACUGUGAGGUGAGUGAUAUUGCAUUAGUAAACCUGGAAUUAAAAAUUAGUUUUGUGUGACUUUUUUAUCUCAAACCUCUCAUGUUUUUGAAAAUACAUUUUUUUGUUUUGCUGUGAAACAUUUGUUCAUUCUGAGUACUUUUAAAAAUAGUAUUUUACAGGUUAAUUUUACAUUUAAUUUGUGUAUUUUGUGAAUUGAUAAACUGCCGUGGGUUUGAAAUAAAAAAUAUUUUGAAUAAGA